AUGAAAACCCCGAUUUCGGGUUUCUACCGAAACCCCGUGAAAUUCAGAAUGCCAACUGCAGAGAACUUGGUUCCCAUUCGUUUGGAUAUCGAAAUCGAGGGGCAGAGAUACAAAGACGCAUUCACUUGGAAUCCUUCUGAUCCCGACUCCGAGGUUGUGGUCUUCGCAAAAAGGACUGUUAAAGACUUGAAGCUCCCUCCUGCUUUUGUAACACAAAUUGCUCAAUCUAUUCAAUCACAGCUCUUGGAGUUUAGAUCCUAUGAAGGCCAGGAUAUGUAUGCUGGGGAGAAGAUUGUUCCGAUCAAGCUCGAUCUUCGUGUUAAUCAUACGCUUGUAAAGGACCAGUUUUUAUGGGACUUGAACAACUUUGAGAGCGAUCCUGAAGAGUUUGCUAGAAUCUUCUGCAAGGAUAUGGGAAUUGAAGAUCCUGAGGUUGGACCAGCUAUUGCCUUUGCCAUCAGAGAGCAACUUUAUGAGAUUGCAAUUCAAAGUGUGGUUUCAGCAAGAGAAAGCAGAAUGAGCAAGAAGGGUCGGAGAGGGGCUGAAUAUACUCCGAUCAGUAAAGGAGGUGCUGUUGCAGUGGACUUGGUCAAGUUAUUUGGUCCGAAAUCCAGUGUAGUCCGGAAAAGAAAGGAGUGGGACGUAUAUGAACCUAUAGUGGACCUACUAUCCAAUGAGGAAGUUGAUGCCCUUGAAGCAAAGGAAGAGAGAAAUUUCAGGUGA